CAACAAUAACCGCUCACGAUGAUUGUGUGAAUAAAAAAAAUACAUUUUCCAGUAUCGCAUAAAAAUAAUGUGCUAAAUACCAGGAACUGUAACAUUGGGUUUUAUCAAAAGCAAAAUCGUUAUCUCUCGUUCGCUCACCGCCAAACACGUGCAGUGAAAAAAAGGAUAAAAGGCAAAGAAAACAAUCACGAUUUUGUAUACACACACACAGAGGCACAUUCGGCUUAAACAGCGCCAUAUCCUCCAUCGCGAUCGUAUGGUUCCAGCGCAGAAACAUUACCCAGAUUGUUCGAACUAUGCCGUAGUGCCCGUUCGAUCCUUUUUAAAGGAAAUUUCCAUGUUGCACAGUGUAUGUGUAUGUUGUGCGUUACCCUUGUUUAGUUAGCUUUGUGAAGUGUUAUUUUUUGUUGGCCAGCGCUAAACGGUAGUCAAUAUUGUGCGCACAAGGAGCAAAGCAGCCGCGAGAUAGUGAAUCUACAUCUACAAAAUACAGCAGCCGGACAGCAGCAUCACAGAAAGAAGCACGAAAUGGCAAAUAGCGAAGCAAUGCCGGACACCCAAACGGCUACACAAAUGACGCAGGAUACGGCACUGGAAAGUCAACCGAUCGAGCAUCCGAGCUACGGCCAGUUGCUGGGAAAGCAUGUGAAAACGAAAAGCCUCGGUACUAAAUUUCCUAUGUUCUACGUUUCUCGUGCUCCGUCUACCAUUUACGAGCUGCGUCGCAGUGAAUUCAAAGUCGGCCGAGAUGAGUCGUGCGAUCUUAUGCUGGUCGAGACCAAUCUUCCUGCCUCAAAGCUGUGUCGCGUUUCAAAGGUACACUUCACAAUCAAGAAGGAUCUGAACGAUAUGACGAGCCCUACGUACAUACAUGACCACUCGCGCAACGGCACGUACGUAAAUGGUAAACUGAUAGGCGCAAACAAAUGCAUGAUCCUGAAGCACGAAGAUGUCAUCGCAAUCGCCGGUGUUAAUAUCCGUGCGUUCGUAUAUUACGAUCUGCGGCACAACGUUUCGGUGGAAAUUAAAGCGAAAGAGCUGCUCGAUCGGUAUCACAUUGGCCGGAAGCUGGGUUCGGGUGCGUGUGGAACGGUUUAUCUGCUGCAUGAUACCGUUUCCUGCCAACCGUACGCUAUGAAACACGUCGCAAAAGAUCCGCUAAACGAGCGUAGCCGGCCAAAGUUCCUACACGAUCCAUUGCGGGUUAUGAAUGAGGUUAACAUAAUGAAAAAUCUCGAUCAUCCCUGCGUGAUCAAAAUGCACGACAUCGUGGAUAAACCGGACUCGGUGUAUAUGGUGCUGGAGUACAUGAAGGGUGGUGAUCUGCUAUCGCGCAUUAUUGACAACAAAUAUCUUCCGGAAAAAACAGCCAAAUUGUUCUUUCUCCAGAUGUGUCAUGCCGUAAAGUACCUGCACGAGCAAGGAAUAACCCACCGUGACCUGAAACCUGACAACAUCCUGCUCGAGGACGAAAAUGAGUACACGCUGCUGAAAGUGUCCGACUUUGGGCUGAGCAAAUUUGUACGCAAAAACUCGGUCAUGCGUACGAUCUGCGGUACACCGUUGUACGUAGCACCGGAAGUGCUACAAACCGGUGGACGUGGUUCGUACACACGCAAGGUCGACAUCUGGAGUUUGGGUGUCGUGCUAUUCACGAUGUUAAGCGGUACACUACCCUUCUCCGAUGAUUACGGUUCCCCGGCGGUGGAGCAGAUCAAACGGGCAAACUUUCAGAUGCGCCACACGGUAUGGAAGAAGGUGUCACCGCUAGCGAAGAAGCUGAUCUACGAAAUUUUAAGCGUAAAUCCAAACUCACGCCCUACGAUCGAACAGCUGCUCCGAAGUACCUGGUUGCGUGAUCCGGACGUUGUACGCAAAGCGGAACGGUUGAUGAAGAUACCGCUGAUGGUGACAGAACGGACACCCGGGCGGAACACCGCAUCGGACGUGGAGAACAACAAUACGAGCCCGGUCAGUAGCUUUGCCCCACCGAGCAAGCGGAAGCGGCUAUAGGUAAGGUUCCGGUUUCCUCCAUCCUCGCUAUAAGACCUCGUUUUUUAUUUGUUUGUUAAGAUACGUUACGAUCGCAAAACGGUCAGCUUUUCGGUUAGAAAAGCCGUCGGCUGUGUUUGUGGGAGAUUUUAUUAUUAAUUGUGCUGUCGUACCGCUAACCUUCUCUGUCGAAGUAUUAAGCAAUCAGGCAGAGUUCUGCAUAUGCUUUCACGUGUUUCCCUACGGAAAAAAACCAGGAAAAUGUAGAAAGUUGUAGCAUCUAUUUAGACUAAUCGGAUAAUUGAUCCGUGUUGCUUUACUAUCGUUCGUACGGUAGAAAUUUACUUACAACACCCCGUCCAUAUGGUUCCGUACAAGUUACAAGCAUUUCAUUCAUUCUAGCGUACGGAAGAGCUAGAGGGAAAGUGGAAUACAUUUCGAAAAUUUUUACUACAGCAAUUUGAAAGGUUUAAGAGUACAGGGGAAAUUCAUGUCGUUGUUUAGAGAGUUAAGUUUAAUUUUUUUUAAUGUUUUUUUUUGUAUACAACUAAAACGUGCGAUUGGAUUUGUAUAACACAAUUUAAGCGAACUGUUUCACCGAUAAACGUUACUCCAUUCCAUGA